UCAAUAUCGUAGACCACCAUGACCCUGCGUUCUUCACCUUGGUCGUUCGUUACCCAUGCACGCCUCGUAUGCUUCAUCUUCCCAUCAAUGGUCUCGAACCCCAAGAAUGGCCGGCUUCCCACUUGGCCGCUCUGCUCUCUGCGUGCAUGAUUUCUCCUUCACUGUCCUCCUCAACCCACUCACCGUCUCAAGCCUCUCGCUUCUUCAACGCCGAUCCAUCGGCCACGACCCUGCAUUUCUCCGAAGAGGAUGUUUCGUUCAUACCAUUCCCAGCUAUCUUCCCCAGGCAUCUGGCCCACGGCGUUGGGAUCCAAGGUGCGUGCCUCCGAAGGCAAGGGGCGCUCUAUGCCCACUGGGCGACAGAUGCCGGCGGCGUCUUUCUUCUUCUUCCGCGUGCGUGUGAAGAAUCCUUUGAGUUUUCUACCGGCCUUGUGGGGUGUCGAAGUCGCGGCUACAAGGGGUGCGGUGGCAUGACUAGCCGGAUCUUGGGGAGUAGAUGGAUGAUGAGGCGCGACAUGAUUCUGUUGUUGCUGCUCCUCGAAAGUCUGGAUUUGGUUCACCUCUUCGAGCGCUUGCUUGCGCUACUCAGCCAUGUGGCGAACUGGAAGCGGUUGGCUGUGUCGUAUAUGUUGAGGCCUUUGAGAGGUGUGAACCUGAUAUGGAUGGAGCGAAGUGUUCAGAGUGUCGCACGAGGGUAGAUACCUAUAGUAAACGGUUGUGGGUUGCGAUCGUCGAUGUAGCAAGUAGCGUACAGUCGGGCGUGUGGUCGACUAUCGCAGGCGGCGGGGUCAGGGUCUUGUUUAGUCGACUCUGCGAACA